ACAAGAGGAGAGGAAAAACAAAAACAAAAGAAACAGGGAACAAGUUCUCCAUCUUUCAGUACAAAUGGAAACCUCCAUGUGAAGCUGAAGAAGGAACGUUGAUAAUGAGCAACCAAGUAGAAACGGAAAGAAAGUUUGUUCAAUUCAUUUGUAACGAAUGUGAAGUGGAUAUGUUCGAGAAACGCCCCGCAAAACUCAUAUACUUGACAAGCAAUUGCUACGCCUUCGAUCAAGAAGGUUCGGAUGUCGUUGAAGAGCAGCCCGAUCAAGUGCCACGUCAACCUGUAGUGCGGCGAUUCGAUUUGAUUUGUUUCAUUUUCGCAAUGGUCACUUAUGUUUUUGAUAUUAUCAGUGAUAUUGUCACAGGAAUUUUCCACUACUACGAUGGAA